AUGGCGGAUUCGGUGACAGCCGGUCCAGUUAACGAAGCGGAGACGGGCGAUGACAAGGAGAGGGGAAAACAUCCCAGCAACAGCGCUGUGAAGUCGGGGAAGAGCGGCGAAAAUUCGGAGAUGGCGGAGACUUUGGGCUUUUACGAAAUAAACGCUGACAAAAAGGAGAAGCAGAAUUUUUCGGAUCUUUCACUGCUGCGGUUCGUUUGCACUGAGCUGACGAGGGGCUACUUCCUGGAACACAACGAGGCAAAGUACACAGAGCGGAGAGAGAGGGUGUACACCUGCAUGAGAAUCCCUCGGGAACUGCAGAAGUUGAUGAUUUUCGGGUUCUUCCUGUGCCUGGAUGCCUUCCUGUACCUGUUCACCCUUCUGCCCCUGCGGGUCCUGCUGGCCCUCAUCAGAGUGCUGACGCUGCCCUGCUUCGGACUGGGUGGCUCGCGUCUCCUGCAGCCCGCCCAGGUGUGUGACAUCCUGAAGGGCUUCAUCAUCGUCCUCUGCUACUCCAUGAUGCACUACGUGGACUACGCCAUGAUGUACCACCUGAUCCGGGGUCAGUCUGUCAUCAAGCUCUACAUCAUCUACAACAUGCUGGAGGUCGCAGAUCGCCUCUUCUCCUCUUUUGGGCAGGACAUUUUGGACGCGCUCUACUGGACUGCCACGGAGCCCAAGGAGAGGAAGCGAGCACACAUAGGCGUGAUACCUCACUUCCUCAUGGCCGUGCUGUAUGUCUUCCUCCACGCCAUCCUCGUCAUGGUCCAGGCCACCACGCUCAACGUGGCCUUCAACUCCCACAACAAGUCUCUGCUCACCAUCAUGAUGUCCAACAACUUCGUGGAGAUCAAAGGAAGCGUUUUCAAGAAGUUCGGGAAAAACAAUCUGUUUCAGAUGUCAAAUAGUGACAUCAAAGAAAGGUUUACAAAUUACAUACUGCUCCUCAUAGUGUGUCUCAGGAACAUGGAGCAGUUCUCCUGGAAUCCAGAUCACCUGUGGGUCCUGUUUCCCGACGUCUGCAUGGUGAUCGCCUCGGAGAUUGCGGUGGACAUCGUCAAGCACGCUUUCAUCACCAAGUUCAACGACAUCACUGCAGACGUGUACAGUGAAUACAGAGCAAGCCUGGCCUUUGACCUAGUCAGCAGUCGGCAAAAAAACGCAUACACAGACUACAGCGACUCUGUGGCCAGAAGAAUGGGGUUUAUCCCUCUGCCCCUCGCUGUGCUACUAACCCGGGUGGUGACCAGCUCGGUGUCAGUCCGGGGAGCCCUCUCUUCGGCGUGCGUCCUGCUCUUCUACCUGGGCAUGGUGACGCUGAAGGUCCUCAACAGCAUCGUGCUGCUGGGGAAGUCCUGCAAGUACGUGAAGGAGGCCGACAUGGAGGAGAAGCUGUUCGAGAGGCCCCCGACCGCACCCUCCAGCAGAACGUCCAGCAGGUCGAAGGUCAACGUCAUCACCCCAUCAGUUCACCCCGAUCCACCUGAAGACGACAGCAUCACUACCUCCAUCACCAGCCAGCCGGCCCAGCGGCCAGAGAGCCCUGACCUCCAGCCCCCCGCUGACAGCAGCUCCGAGCAGCUCCCGACCGUGCCCGACGAGCCGGAGGAGAAGGAAGCGGUGCAGGACAGCCCGGAGCUCAAACACCGGGCCCCGAAAAAGGACCUGCUGGAGAUAGACCGCUUCACUAUCUGCGGGAACCGCAUCGAUUAACAGACCUGAUCAGGGGUCCCAGCGAGGCGGACAGCCCACUGCCACCAGCACUCCCCGCCAAAGAGAGCGGUGAUAGCGUAUUUAUUGAAAGACGUCUAACUUAUUUAUUAACAGAGGUGUGAUGGGUAUCUCUCCACUGGGACGUCCUGCCAGGACAGGUCUCUGGGGGUCUCUGGUGAGUGGUGACGAGAGGAACCUCAGUCGCCCGGGCUACGUGGUCACAUGGCUCCCAGGACAGGAAGUAGUGAUGGUGGCAAGCCGUUGGAUUGCUGAAGCAUAAGGGCGACCAGCAGGGUAAC